AUGGCGGAAGUUGAACCGAUGCAAAUCGACGGCGCCGAGAAGAGUAAGCCGACCAUCGACGAGUCGUGUCCGAAGAAGAAGCAACUGAAGAGAAAAAGAGUGGACCCGUGUUUGCUCUCGCCGGACCCAGAAGAAAAACAAGCGAAAAUCGCUGCAUUUCGCAGCGAAAUCAUCGGUCUUGUUAAGCUGUGUAAGGAUUUAGUGUUCGAAAACAAGGGGGAGUUAAUGGGGAAUGUAGGGAGAGCUGGGAAUUCGUUGAACAGUGUGAUUGCAUGCUUGAUGGAGGAGAGCGACCUUCCUUUAUCGAAGCUAGUUGAUCAAGUUUUUGAGAGAAUUAAAGGCGUUAGUGGGGUUGGCGAUGGUGUUAGCAAGGCUUCUGUGAAGAGUGCUGUGCUUAUAGUUGGACAGAGAUUGUGUUAUGGUGUGAUUAGUGCAGAUGCUGAUGUUUUGGAAGACGAGGAUGAGUGUGCUCUUUGGUGUUGGGAGACAAGAGACUUAAAGUUGAUGCCAACAUUAUUGCGUGCAUCUCUGAAAGUUCGGCGCACUUGUCGGAAAAAGAUCCAGGAGAGGAUUAUGGCUCUUUCUGCAAUGAUAAAUGCCCUGGAAAGUUCAGAAGAUCAUCCAAAUUGUGUGCAAGAGUUGAUGAAAGCUUCAGAAAAACUAAGUAAAGUUUUAAAUGAGGCGGAUAUCCGGUUGUUAGUGGAAAAGAUGACACAUAAAAGUGGUGCAGAAAUGGCUGAGAAAGUAGCCAAGAGAGAAGAAUUACAGUUAAUCAAGCAAAUGGAGAAGAACAAAAGAGAAAAGGAGAGAGAGAAGAAGAGAAUGGAUCGGGAACUUCAGAAGGAAAAGUUACAAAGUGAAAAAGAGCUAAGACGGUUGCAUGAUGAGGCAGAAAAAGAAGAAAGGCGACGCGAGAAAGAAGAAAAUGAAAUUCAGAAACAGCAGAAGAGGCAGCAAGAGGAGGCCGAGAAAGAACUAAGGCGCAAGGAAAAGGAAGAAGCCGAGUUAAGAAAAAGUCUGGCUCUCCAAAAGCAGGCGUCACUAAUGGAGCGUUUUCUCAAGAGAAACAAAACCAAUUCCCUGUCUGAGAAGGACAGUCCCAUGAACAAAGCAACCACAUCAGGUUCAUCUUUGAACAUGCCUGAGAAAAUAGCUGAAUCAGUUUCUCUAGCAAUGGAUUCUGUAUUGGCCCAAAACGAUGGAGCAGAAGUGAGAGAGAUAUGGAGGUCACACUUAAAUGCUUGGCGCUGCAAGGGACGUUCAAUGCAAUCGAACAGUAAAAUGCAUUGGGGCAUCCGUCAGAUGCCUAAGACUGAGUUGGUCAAGGAACUAAAGCUUACUGCCAAUAAAGAACUGUAUUUUCAUGGGGACUUGAAUGAGGAGAAGCUUUCAGUUGGAUGGGUCGAAUCCAAUGCUGACAGACAACCGUCUCAUAUGAAAACAUAUGAUAAUCCUCUUCCUUGUAGUAAGAAGAACAUUCGAGCUAGGAAGCUGUUGCAGUUUGAUAAGAGCUAUAGGCCUGCAUUUUAUGGGGUUUGGCCCAAGGAAAGUCAAGUUGUUGGCGGACGUCAUCCUUUUGUGAAGGACCCUGAUAUUGACUAUGAGAUUGAUAGUGAUGAGGAGUGGGAAGAGGAAGAACCUGGUGAGAGCUUAUCAGAUUGUGAUAAGGAUGAUGAAGAACAAAGUAUGGAAGAGCAUGUUAACGAUGAGGAUGAAAGUGAAGAUGGAUUCUUUGUUCCUGAUGGAUAUCUGUCAGAGAAUGAGGGUGUAAACUCUGAUGAAAUGGACUCUGACAACAUGGUCGAAAAUUCAAAAAAUUCAUCCAACUCUGAGCAGCAAAUCCAGAGUGAAGAAUUCUGUGCCUUGCUUCGCCAACAGAAGUACCUGAGCAAUAUAACAGAACAUGCACUCAAAAAGAAUCAGCCGUUGAUCAUAUUGAAUCUUAUGCAUGAAAAGACUGCUUUGUUAUCAGCAGAUGAGUCCACUGGUUCAGACAAGCUUGAACGAAUGUGCUUGCAAGCACUUUCUAUUCGCCCAUUGCCUGGUUUACCAGAGAUAGAUAUUUCAAUUCAUGGUGAUGUGGCAGAUGAGGAAAAUGAUGCUUUCUGUGACACUUCAUUUGCAACACCUCCUGUAACCAGUGCAGCUAUUCUGGAGUCAGAUUUGCCUCAGAUUAUAUCAAUCAUUCAGUCAAACCCAGUUAGCAUUGAUAAACUUGGAACAUCACUAAAGAACAAGUUUCCAGCUGUCUCCAAAUCCCAUCUGAAGAAUAAAGUGCGGGAAAUAUCUGAGUUCUCUGAUAAUCGUUGGCAGGUUAGCAAGCUUUCUUUCUCCAAGAUUUACUGA